CAGAAACCACACAGAACCACACAUGUCUCAUCGUCUGCCUACAACCCACACCAACAGGGUGUACAAUGGACUGAGACAGACCGCGAUUAUUCAUACUUUCGGCAUUGAACAAUUUAAACAUGUUACUAUACUAGUGCAAGUUAUAUUAAUGUUUCAUACCUUAUUCUGUCUUGUGUUAAAUUUGCUAUAGAUAUCUGCUUCGCUUAUUUCAAUUUUUUCCCAUCGUCAAUUGUCAAUAUCAUCAAGGAACCUGUAUAGAGAAAUUAUACCAUAAAUAUCAGAGUUGAGACACUAAGCAUCUUACUCGCCAUGAUUAAUACCUAUACAUUAUAUGUACACACACAUUAAUAUUCACAUAUACAUUCACGUCGAUUUUCUACUCAUUUUACAUAACAUUUCAUGAUUGGCAUAGGACACUUUCAGCGUAUCCUGUUUGAUUGUCAUAAGCCUUUGAUCAGGAAGCCAAAGUGUGUCAAGCAACCCUCGCACACACUCAUUUUGGCCUCCCUUGUUCAUCGUGGAGCCAAGGUGUGUCAAGCAACCCUCGCACACACUCUCUUUGGCCUCCCUUGUUCACCGUGGAGCCAAGGUGUGUCAAGCAACCCUCGCACACACUCUCUUUUACCUCCCUUGUUCAUCGUGGAGCCAAGGUGUGUCAAGCAACCCUCGCACACACUUUCUUUGGCCUCCCUUGUUCAUCGUGGAGCCAAGGUGUGUCAAGCAACCCUCGCACACACUCUCUUUUACCUCCCUUGUUCAUCGUGGAGCCAAGGUGUGUCAAGCAACCCUCGCACACACUCUUUGGCCUCCCUUGUUCAUCGUGGAGCCAAGAUGUGUCAAGCAACCCUCGCACACACUCUCUUUGGCCUCCCUUGUUCAUCGCGGAGCCAACGUGUGUCAAGCAACCCUCGCACACACGCUCGUUGGCCUCCUUUGUUCAUCGUGGAGCCAAGUGUGCAUUUUGGUUUUUUGAGGCCGACUAUGGCGGAUCAAUCCUCUGUUCUGGCUCUUGUUAUUUUGGCUGUUGGAGUUACUGUUCAUUUCUCCUUACAUAAAGUUGAAGAAGGUCAUGUAGGAGUUUACUAUCGAGGAGGAGCUUUACUUCCUGUGACCAGUCAACCUGGAUUUCACAUGAUGAUACCAUUACUUACAUCAUAUAAAGCAAUACAGACAACUUUACAGACAGAUGAAGUAAAAAAUGUACCAUGUGGUACUAGUGGUGGUGUAAUGAUCUACUUUGAGAGAAUAGAAGUGGUUAAUAAAUUAGAACCAUUCAGUGUUUUGGAUAUGGUGCGCAAUUUCACUGCGGAAUAUGAUAAAACAUUAAUAUUCAAUAAAGUACACCAUGAAUUGAAUCAAUUUUGCAGUGCUCAUUCCUUACAUGAAGUGUAUAUUGAUUUGUUUGACCAAAUUGAUGAAAACUUGAGAACAACCCUUCAAAGAGACCUUGAUGAAACGGCACCAGGGCUGAGAGUGCAAGCUGUAAGAGUAACCAAACCCAAAAUACCUGAAGCUAUUCGAAAAAACUAUGAACUAAUGGAAGCAGAAAAAUCCAAGCUCUUGAUUGCUGCGCAGCAUCAAAAAGUCGUUGAAAAGGAAGCUGAAACUGCUCGUCGAAAGGCUGUCAUAGAAGCUGAGAAAGAGGCUCAGGUAGCAAAAAUUCAAUAUGAACAGAAAAUAAUGGAGAAAGAAUCUUUACAAAAAAUUGAGUUGAUUGAAGACAGCAUCCAUAAAGCUAAACAACAAACUAAGGCUGAAGCAGAUUACUACCAUCUUAAGAAACAGGCAGAGGCUAAUAAACUUUUACUAACAAAAGAAUACUUGGAAUUGAAGAAAUAUGAUGCUCUCUCUCAAAAUAAUAAGAUCUACUUUGGUAGUGAUAUUCCCAAUAUGUUUUUACAAGCCAAUGUUGGUGAUAGUGUUGCUAAGAAUGUUAAAGUUGAGUGUUUCAACAGCACCCGGGCACAUAAAUAA